CUCAAAACGCAUGGUACAACAACAAAAAUGGCGGGUCAAGGAUCGGAUCCUUCGGAUGCCGAAAUUCGGGGCGCAAUGGCAGGUAAAUGAGUUAUAUUUUACGAUAUUUAGAUUUUCUACUCAAGCCUUUUGCAAGGGAAAGUAUAUAUCUUUUUCAUAUUUUUUUCUCAGACAUUUUAAGGGAAGGCGAACUUUCCAAGCUCACAUCAAGAAUUGUCCGAACUCAGCUGGAAGAGAAGUUUGGUGUGAGUUUCUUAGGAAGGUAAAGUGAAAGCAUUUGUUUGAGAAACCAAGCUUGUUUAUUCACAGCCCCUUUGCGUGGAGAAAUAAAAAUGAGAGUAAAGUUCGUGUAAUUACCGGUAAAAUUUUUUACACUCUUGUGUACUUUUGCUCAUAGAUCUAGUAAUGUGACAUUCCAGAUUAAAAAAGAUGAAAUCAAGCAGCGUUACGUUUAUCUCAGUUGUAAAAUAUCGAAAUGAAGUUACGAAAUAAAAUGUAUAGUCGUCAAUAAAAACUUGGUUUACUAGUGUAAAAAGCAGAUUGACUUUUUCUAACGCAUUUGCAAUUGGUGAAGUCCCCUAAAAGUAACGAAAGUCAUUCAUUCGAUCGUGGUAAAAAUAUUUGACCCUAUUUUGAUUUUAUGUCUAAACGAACAUAGUACAGAGACCAACAUCUCGUGAUUUUUCUCAACAGAGAUUUGCAGAGAUGUACUAAAGGCCAAAAUAUAGUACAAAAUUUCUACAGCAAGUAUGUCUCAGCUGAAAAAAAUCAGAGACUCAUGAUCUGUUGCUCAGUGUCUACCUCGCGCUUUUUAAUAAAACAACGAUCAAAAUUUAUGGAAUUUGAUUGAGUAACGUUAUUUCACAGACCUUUUACACUGGUUAAUUAAUGCACCAGACCUGCCAACUCUCACUAUUCUGACGUGAGUCUCACAAUUUUUGUCUUUUCUCACAGCCUCACAACAACACUCCCAAUCUCACGGUUUUUGGAGAAAAUCAUUCUGAAAUGAGUUGAGUAAAAUGGAAAUUCAGUAGAGAAUGCUAGUGUCUUUUAAAGCCUUGUUGGCAGAUUGUCUAACAUUUUUUCAUGGCCAUGAUUAGUUGGCUUAUCCGUAAGAAAUGACCCAUUGUUGUAACUUUUGACCUUAUUUGCUACCUGAUGACCACAAAUAAAGCAAGGUAAUAUUUUAAAAAAUAAAUAUGUACCCUCCCCCCGCCCCCCAAUGGAAAAAGGGCUUCUGAAAAAAGAAUCUCACUACUUUUUGUAGAAUCUUCAGACUUUUUUCAUGAGUCUCCAGAUUUUUCUUUAUCAGGGGUUGGCAGGUCUGAUGCAAAGAAGUUAAUAUCAAUAAUAUUGCCAUAUUUCAUAGAUGAAAUACUUGUGUGGAAUGUGUUUUAUCUCUGAAGUCAGUCAGCUUGAUCUUUUAGAGUGUGCUUUUGUAGAUGUUUUUCAAUCUAAUGAUAUUAUUAUUAGAUCGUUUAUGAAGAUGUCUGUUGUUAUGUGAUACGAAUGUUGUUUUGAAAAUUUUUGGUCGUGAGACUGUGUGGCAUCGAUAUUUUAAAGAAAACAAUAUUAUUGCAAAAUAUUCAAAUAUGUAAUAAUAUCCUAUAAUUUUCUUAAUUUUAGGAAAAAAGAAAUUGAUGCAAUGUUAAUGGAAAUGAUUGAAAACCAAGAGAAAGAAACAGAAAAUGAGAAGGAGCAGGAAAAUGGAACUAGUGAUCAGGCGAAUGGUGUUGAACCAGAAAGAAGUGACCAAGAGGACGAGGAAUCAGGGAAGGUUGUAGCCUGUGAAUACAGCUGUCACUCCUCACUUCUCAUCACUUUGGAUGUUUCGCAUGAGAGGCUUCUGCGAUUCAGACACAAAAAUUCCAUACUGAUGAUGUAGAUUUGUCAGGAAUCUGGUGAACAUCGACUGAUUGGUCGAUUUAGUAAUUUUAUCCUUGUAGAAUAUGUUGUUUAUGAAUGACAGACAAAAGACUAAAGGUCACUUUUAAUUUGUGUAACCGCCAUGAAGCUACCAAAAAACGGUCAUUUUUCGUGGAAUAUAUUAUUCUUUUCAAGAGGCAUUUGAGUUUUGCUGCCACUCAUUUGCAGAAGAACUCAAACAUUAAACCAGUUCAUAUUAGCACUAAUCUUGGAUAUGUUAUUCAUGGAUUAAAACUCAAACAAACUUAAAUGCGGAAUCCUCUCCUGCCUAUGAAGUCCUACCAGGUUAAUAAUUAAUAUGUAAACAUGAUUUACGUCAUCAUUAUAGCAUUUUUAGGGCUGAAUGGCAAAUGUCUCUUCGGCCAAUCAUCCCCAGUGAUGAGGAGCGAGGAGAGAUGGCCGUAUUCUCUGGGUUCAGAGGUUGUGGACUUUUCUAAGAUUUUAUGAAACAACUCCUAUCAUGUAUUUAUUUAUUCACCAGUAGUUAUAAAUUUGUUCUAUAGGAUGAUGAACCUUCAGCAAAGAAGAAAAAACAAGUAAGUAAUAGUGUGAGAAAGUUUUGGAAUGAACAUUGGUUUUAUGGAAGGCGGCAUGGCCCAGUAGUUAGUGCAUCUGACCUGCAAUGUGGCAAUCCAGAAUCCCAAGUCCCAUUAUUACCACUAGCUGGAUUUGAUUCUCAGGCAUCACAAGUUCAAGUCCUGGGUCAUAGCUACAUGGAUGCCACCUGGUUUUAAUCACAUUGUAUUGUUUGUUUUAAAUUAUUUGAGCAGAGGGCCUGUUUAAACUAGCUACUGCUAGUCAGGUGCACUUCCAUUUUCAUAAGCAAAGCUUUUGAAUUCACCAUUUGUUUAUUUAUUAAUAUAACCAUUUAUUUAAUAAAAUGCAGUGAAUUACCUGGGUUUUUCUUAACCUCAUACAUGUAUGAAAAGGAAACUAGUUCAAAUUAUUGGGAGGUUAGAAAAAUAGCUAAGUGGGGGAGGGGGGAGCUUAAAUUAGCAUCUGACUGGGGAAGGGUUGGCCAAUUGUGUCUCAAAUUGUCAUGAGGUCUGAAGAACAAGGGUGGAAGAAAUUGGAAUCAUUCUUCCUUUUUUGACUACUGUGCAAUAAACUGAAUCUAACAUGUUACUAGGUGGUUGUUGUUGUCUUUAUAGUAAUGAUUUUUAGUGUCCACAGAGGCAAAAAAUUGAAUCAAGAGAUUUUUAAAUUAAAAUAUUAACUUUACAGUUGCCAUUGAUCAUAUCUGUCAGCUGGCUGUUAAUCAGGCUAUAUUAUGGUAAACUGUGAAAUAAUAAUCUUAUAAAUGAUGAAUUUAAAUAGCAAUAUAUUUUACUUUUUAACCUCCUUAGGAAUCUCAUACUGUUGAUGAUGCUGAGUUAGCUCGCAAGCUUCAUGAAGAUGAAAAAGGCUUUAGAGCAAGGAGGCAAAACACAAAGAAAACUGUGGUGAGUGUGUGCAACAACAGGGUACAGUUUUGUUCUACCUGUAGCUUGUGGAUUUAACUGAAAUGUAUACUGAGCAAGGAUACAUUGUCUUUUUCCAGUUAAUAAGAUUUAUGACUUUGUUGUGGUAACAUUACCCUCUCUUUAUUAUUUGUAUUUUGCAAAUUUUAAGGAAAGGAAAAAAUCAGCAAGUGCAAAGAAACCAAAAGAAAGCAAAGGGGAAAACAAAGGUAAGUUCCAUCAAUAAUUAUUUUUGCAUUUUAAUGAUGUCAAGUCAAAAUUGCUUUUCUCAGUAAAUUUUGAAUGGAUUGAACUGAGAUUCAGCAAGGGCAUGAAGACAUAUCUCGUCAAUCAGAUGCCUGAGUUUCUGAGCUGAGAAAUUCUAUGGUUUGGUAUCAGUUCUGGCUUGAAGUGAACUUCAUGCAGGUCAUGCACCAGUGCCUGAUUGCUGCAGCAAUGAGUAGUAAUUUUAUUAUGAAACUAAUGAGGUCUGGAAAAUUUGUUUGCAGGCUUUAGAAAGUUAAUGGCUUUAUCCCCUGUAUUGGCUGAACUUGUAGGACAAGACAGAGUAAGUUGCUUUUUCAUAAGUCUUCAUCUUACACAGAGUUUUCUGAGCAGUCAAACCUGUGCACCUUCAGUAAUCCUGCAUGAUAUGAAAGUUAAUAAUACCUUAUUUUUAUAUGGUUGAAUCGUGAGCGGGCAAGAUGAAGUGUAUGCUGUGUUCUGAUUGGCUACCUGAGUGGGCAAGAUCUACCUAUCUUGCCCACUCGGGACUCCCCGCGUUUUGGUCCCGCACGAAAAAUUUCUGUUUAUGGCCAUAUGAUAAAUCCUUUAUUGACUAAGCUUGAUUGAUCAAGUUGGGUACAUAUUGGCCCAGUUCUUUUUUGCAUUUUAAUUAACCUUGACUUCUAUUCUCGGUCCAUAAAGACACAUCCAGCCAUCUUGAUCUCACACUUAGUCAAUAAUGCAAUAUGAUAACUUCAUUAUUUGCAGGGCAGAUGAAAUAAUUAUUUAUCAUUCAUUUGCUCUGUACAUACUGGACUGAUGCUGUUCAAUAAAUUAUUUCUGCUCAAAUUAUAUUCAGUUUAGGACUUGAUGUUUUAAAUGUGGAGGUAUGGUGGGCAAGCAGUUAACACCUUUAAUUUUGGAUCUGUAAGUUAGGGUAUCAAGCCCUGCCAAAAGAAAGAAACUUUGCUCCACCUUUUCUCUCUUCACCCAGGCCCUGGUUGGUCAAAUGUUGGAUAAUGCUAUCUAGCGGAUAUGUAAAUGGUGUAUAAAUAGGAAUCAGUGACGUACCGCCACGGACUAGUACCCUGUCCAGGCGGGAGUAGCAAUAGUCCUAGGUGCAUCAUGCUUAGAAAAAUGCUUACCUAAAUAAUUUAACAACUAACAGGACCUCUCAUGAUGUUCCAUUUCAAAAACUGAAAGUUCACAUUAAACAGAGGUUGCACAGGAUCCUAUCUAAGGGGAUACUUCCAGUAAUGGUAUCACUUUUAUCCUACUAGUCCUUAAGUGCCUGUAAAGAUGUUGGGUUUCUUGAAUGAGGUCUAUGGUUAAACAGUCUGACUGUGUUUCCAGAAAAUAUCCAUACCCACCGAUAGAGGGUAAUCAGAAAUUCCAAGGAUGGGGGUCAGAAAGGACACAUCUUUAAAGGAAUUUAUGAAGCUGAACUUGAAUUUGCAGAGGGGUUGGGGGUGGGGAGGGAAGGGUUUAAGCCAAUAAAGCAAUACAACACAAUGGAACCAUACAAUCUGUUUUUCACCUUCCAUGUAAUAGAGCUCUAAUUAACUUGGAGUAGCAAUUAUUAAAUUUGCCAGGAAACCUUGUUCUUUUUUUCUAGAUGGCAAGAAGUGAUAUUGUGAAAAAAAUGUGGGAAAUAAUAAGAGAGAGAAAGUUAGAGGUAUAUAUCUAGUUCAUGGUACUUUAUAUAGACACAAUAUAUUUGAGAGAAAAUAUAUUAGAGUCGUAGACAGUUUUCGUCAUGUUACUAAUAAUUAUUAUUAGAAUUUAAAGUAAACAUUACCAUGGUGCAUUCUGAAAUGAUUGGAAAAUAACAGGUCAUCAAAUUAAUUCUGUUAGUUAUUUCAAGGACAGCAAGUUUUAGCCUGAGGCACUUUUCAGCGAGUUCUGUUGUUGCCAUGGUAACGGUUAUUUUGAUUAAUAUGACGUUGUAACAAAACAAGAUUUAACACAUGAAUUGCUUUCAAACCUUCCAUUUUAACCAGCUGGCCCUGGUUGUUGAAAUGCCAGAUAACUAUCCUAUGGAUAAAUCACCUUCCAGUGUAUAAGUAUUAGGGAAGCAAAUUGCAUUACAGUCAACUACCUUUAUAGAAGAAAGUGUAGGGACCUCGACUUAGUGUCCUCAUUAGCAAGAGUCCGUAAUAGCGGGAGUUGAUUUCAGUCAAACGUCUGCAAUAUAUUUUUGCCUGGGAUUAAGCCGCUGUCCGUAUUAUUGGGGUGUCCGCAAGGCAAGAGUUGACUGCAUCUACUGGAAUAGGAUAGAGUUUUGUACUGUGGGAAGUGUCAUCCACCUUUAAGCAAUAAACAUUAUUGCAACCUGAAAUGCUAAGGUUUGGUAGUACUUUAUAACCGGAGAUCAGGAGGGCGAAACGAAAGGAGAUUUUAGUGCGACCAUGUAAGAGAGAAUGUAUGGAGGCGGCUAAAAUUGGGCCUGAUCUCAAGUUAGGUACUUUGUGAUAAGUUGCAGCUUACAAGACUGCUUUUACCAAUAAACUUUUGAUGAAGGUAAACUGAUUUGGUUAUUUAGAUAGGUGAUCUCUCACAAGAGUUGGACACUUUAGGAGCUCAACCAUGACAAACAUUUAUCCAAAUUGUGUUUUGCAGGAUAUUAUUGUUUUGUAUAUUAUUUUCAUAAUUAGACACACUACAAGAGUUACCAGAGCUUUACUUCUGAAAAAGUUAACUCGGCAAGCCACCUUAGUUGUUGACUCUCCAGUUUCUUGUAGAACUAUGUUUAAAAAUUAAAUAUUUUUGUUAUCAUUCUAGGAUCCUAAAAAUAAGAGAUUUACAAUUUGUGAUGAACAGCUUUACCAAGUCUUCGGUAAGAACAAUUUUUUUUUUCAAGUGUCUCGGUUUGGAAUCGGAUUGAGAUAGCCUACGCUUUUGAAAAUAUCCAGAUAAGUGUGGGCAGGACUUAAUAAAUAAGUGUUCCCAAUUAGUACUUUCAUGCUUCUUACAGUGAUAAUUAUAUAAAUAAAGUAGGAUGUGUUGCUGUUGAUGCGGUUUGAUGGUCAUGAUUAUUAUAUCAUGUGAUGUUCUACUGUUAUUUUUUAAACUUCUUUUAUGUAACCUAUCAACUCCUGUUUUCCAGGUUUAAAAAGGUUCCAGACAUUUUCAAUGAUGAAAUAUUUAAAGAAACACGUCAAGGAUCCCGAGCUGUUAAGCUAAUGGUCAAGCCGUCUGUAGAAUACAACACUAUUGCAUAAUGCCCUGUCAUUUAAAAUGAGCAUUUGAUAUUAUUUAUUUUCAAUUCAAAGUAAUUACCUUCCUGUAGACGUCUCCAAUUUCAGGAGACAUCUGCACAUAAAGUAUUAAGUCUUUAAGCCCCAAUAUCCACAUAAAAACUCUCCCUACUGAUCUCCAUACGUUUCCUUGAAAAACUGGCUGAGAGAAUUUGUUGAAAGAUCAAAGCAUUGUCCUUUUGGUGAUCAUUUUUCUACCGGAUUCUCAUAUCCCAUUCUCUUGAUUAUCUAUUGAUGUUGUUAAGAGAAACUUGAUGUUGGUCACUUUUUGGGACUUUCAGGGUUAAGCAAGAUUGCAGAUCAGGCGCUAUUUUUUGACGUUUUUCGGGCACGAAGCGGGCUUGGAGCGCGAGACACGCGCGACGGGGAAAAGCGCGGGAGUCGCGCGUGUCUGGGGCUUCGCGGUUGCCCUCACUCGCCCGAGAAACGGCAGGUUAGACUUCCUAAAAGUCCCUUUUCGUUGGGUCAUCUUUUUGUGGUUAAGUCUAGGUACUAAGGCAGUCGGCUCUAAUAAGACGAGAAACCUCUUGUAGGUCACUCACACAGACGAAAGGAGGCGGAUUAACCCCGG